UGUCGCGGUUAAGGUCAGCAGUAUGAUAAGCCUACAGAUAGAAAAAAACUAUUGUUGUGAAGGGUUGUAUAUAUAAUACCAACACAUUUUUGACAAGCCAAUCAGAGGCGCAUCCCAUAAAAUGCGCGCACGUUAUAAUUAUUAAGAAGUGCAGCUAUAGGGGCAACAAAUCACUUAAGUUAAAAAUAAUAUAUGUAUGUAGUAUAAAAAAAAAUCUUACAUAAAAAAUUUAAAACAUAAUUCUGCGUUAAAAUUUUAAUCGGAAAUUUAACUAUCGAUUUACUAAUUUAUUGACUUAUGUACAUCUUUAUGGAGGCUGUCAUCAUUUAUAUUUCAUCUUUUAAAAAAUUUCAACGGCUAUUAAGAAAACAUAUGUAGGUUCCGUUAUUUUUGGACAAUUUUUUGCUCGGUUUUUAUUUACUCCAACAAAACGAAUGGCGAAAAACACCAGAAGUUGUAAAAUUAAGAAAUAAAUGGUUAAACUUUUGCAAUCAAAGUAAGAAAAUCAGAUUAGCGUGUGUAUGUUCUAAACGUUUUAAACCAAAACAGAUCUUAUGUAAUAAAAAAGGAAUAAUUGUCGGUUUAAAUGUAAAUUUUGUGGCAUCAAAAGAAUUUUUAGAAAAAAUUAAAACAGCAGCAAGUUUAUUAUUUAUGCAUAUAAAUAAAGUUAGUGAUCCCACAAUGGCUCCAAAUAUUGCCCAUACCUCGGGGUACAUGCAGAAAUGUGGAGAACACAAUGAAGUCUUACAAUAUGUUUGUGAAAAUUGCAGAAUGCUACUUUGUGAUAUUUGCGUAUCUCAAAGCCAUACUGCACACAAUUGUGUUCAAAUUGACAAUUUCCUAACCCAUAGGAAUGAUCUACUGUUUCGACUCAUAGAAUGCGGCAGAUUGGCUACUAACUGUUAUGAAGAUAUUGGCUAUAAAGAAGUGGAUUGUGCGCGUAAUAUUGAUAACAAUUGCAAUUUAUUAGCAAAAAGCAUUAGGAAUAUGUUUCGACCGCUUAUAGCGUCUUUGCAGCAACGGGAAAGUUGCCUUUUGGAUAUUGUAAAUAAAAUGCAUAAAAAUCGAAUGGAAAAUAUGUAUGAACAAAUUUCUGCAUUAAAGGUUUCAUAUUUGGGCUUAAUGAAUGCAACUAAAAAAUUAAAUAAAAUAGCUAAAAAUGCACAUCAGUUAGAAAAUCUGUACACUGUUACGCAAAUAUUAGAGGCACAGCGGCAAGUGGAUAUUUAUUCACAACUUUUUGGAGAAAAACAAUAUAAAGAAGAAUUUUAUAAGUUUUAUGCACCUCAAGUACCCAACGACAUUUUGAGGGAUAUAGAAAACCUAGGAUUCAUCGAACUAGAUGACAAUAAUGAACUCACUGCUUUAUACAAUAUUCCAACUACAUUAGAAGAUGCUAACGAAAAGAAUACACUAUUUUCGUCAUCACAAGAAAUUUCCAGCGGAGAAGUGGAACUUAUUGUAGAAAUAGAUACAUGUAAAAAAACUAAAACCCCAAAAAAUGAAAUUGCCAGAAAUGUUGGUAUUGGACAAGCAGUACCUGGUUGUUUGAAUAAAGUCAAAGCUUUCCGUUCGGAUUUACCGGCUUUGGCAUUUGCGCCUAAAGGAAAUUGUGAAGGUCAUGUUCAACGACCUUGGGGAGUUUGUGUCAAUAAAUUAGGGCACAUUUUAAUUACCGAUAGACUUAAUCAUAAUGUACAAGUUUUUGGUGCAAAUGGCGAAUUUUUAUUUAGCUUUGGCCUAAAAGGAAAGAGUGGUGGACAGUUUAAUGCGCCUGCCGGAAUCUGUGUGGACAAAAGUGGUCGCAUUAUUGUUGCGGAUAAAAAUAACCAUCGAAUACAAGUAUUUUCGUCAGGUGGAAAAUAUUUACUGUCAUUUGGACGUUUGGGCACAAAAUGUGGGGAAUUCAAAUUCCCAUUCGAUGUUACUGUUAAUACAAAAUUACAAAUUGCAGUAACUGAUUCAGCAAAUCAUCGCAUUCAACAAUUCGAACACAAUGGACAUUUCAUUCGUGAAAUACCGUUAGGCAUUUGCACAUUCACUGGUUAUGAAAUAACGCCGCGUGGCAUAUGCUAUACGCCCAAGGGUAACAUAAUUAUAACAGAUUAUGUAAAUCAUUGUUUACAUCUUAUUAGUCCUGCGAAGGAAAAAAUUAUAACUACUAAAGGCAAUCUCGGAUUUGGAUAUUUACAAUUUUCUCGUCCCUCUGGUGUGUGCUGUGAUGAUGAUGGAACAAUAAUAGUUGCAGAUUGCCAUAACCAUCGAAUCUGUGUUUUCAGUUCGACUUUGGAAAGUUUAUGGAACAUUGACAUACGCCCAUCAGUCAACUGCUUAAGCAAUACUUAUUGUGAUGAAACUGAUCGCACUUGCGAUGUCGCACUGACGAAGGAUGGUCACAUCGUAUUUGUUUCGGAAAUGUUGCCUGCACAUGAAUCUAUUCACACAACCAAGAGAUUCGUACACGUUUAUUAAAUUUCGCAUCUGAUGUUUCUAUAUACAUAUCAACUUAUUUUCGUAAUUUACUGACAUUAAAAAGAUAUUAAUUAAAUCAAUAAAAAA